UUCAAGACUUUGGUAAAAAAACAUUAACAGAGAACAAUCUUCAUCAAAAUGGCAGUUCGCACUUUUUCGAUUUUCGUCAUCUUUGUUGUUUUUACAACAGUCGGUGCUAACUAUGGAUGUACUAAACGUGGAGGGAAAUGUUCCGAUUCCUAUGACUGUCCUUCAACUGGAGGCGAACAGGAAAAACUUAGAGUAAAAUGUCACCGGGCAAAAGCGUGUUGCAUGUGCUCUGAUACGUGCCUAGAAGGUUCAUAUUGUAUUGCCAGUGACUCUUUGUGUGAUGAAUGCUUCGGCACCGUUGACCCUACUGGUUGUUGUGGGGACAAAGUCUGUUGUACACCAUCCGAAGUGUCUCCAGAAGUCUUUACAAAUUCUCCUGAGCCAAAAUACAUGGGAACUAAAAUAACCGAACGUUUUAAAACAUCAACACAAGGAUCUCAACAAAUUCAAAAGAAAGAUCAUGAUGCAAAAGAAUGA